UCCAUUUUAUAGACAAAUGUUCGUUACCUCCAUUGUUCUUACCUGUGUCUCCGUUUUCAUACUGCUCAUCAACCUAGGGAUUGGUGUGUUUAUGACAAGAUUUGGACAUCUUCCAUUUAUGAAACGACGGAUGAACAGCACCAAUACGUCCCCCAAACCGUUCGCCAGCAUCGAGGAUUCCGAACACGCAAUGGCAGGAAUAACAUCCGAUCAGGAACGAAGUCUGUAUACUGAAUUGGAUACAAUAGACUUUGCAGCACAAAAUAUGUACGACCCAACGAUACCUGCACACGAUAUUGUCUUGGAUGAAAGAGCAGAAAGAAGCAAUUAUGAAACACUUGGAGGAGUAUCGGGCCCAAAUGUAUACGAGGAACUCAAAGAAAGGAGAGGUUCAAGCUCAAAGCAAAUCUAUAUCAACACGUCACUCAUUAAGGACGGAUAGACAGCGACCUAACUACGGAAAUUUGAUGUUUGGGAACCCAUCAUUGGUCAACUGAUUUAACUCAGAUGUCAGAAGUGUAUUUAGUUUCAUCUAAAAUGUGUCAUUCGUGACUAUAAGAUGUCAAAUAUAUACUGGUUAAAUUACGUGCAAUGUUUUAAACGGAUGGAAUAGUGCUAGAUUGUUUUUUGUGUCAAAUAUACUUAUGUAACAAAUACCUAAUUAUUCGCUGUUCAUGACAAUAUAUUUACAAAUAUGCAUUUAUAACAUGUACUGUAUAUAAACAUUAAUGCAACUUAACAUUUCAAGUAAAACAAAUUAAGUGGUUCAAUGUCCAAAUUGUGAUCUACAUACUAAGGCUUAAAGAUGUACUCUUCUGAGGUUUCAAUUACGUUCAAGUCUCGUUUUG